AUGGCAUCUGACUUCGAAGGAUCUCCGGUGUAUGCGACGGAGAAGACUGAAAAUGCCGAUAAUACACAGGCCGAAAAUGAAUCCGAAAGCACUGCAGAUAAGAUUGCGGAUGGUAGUGGAGAUGGCGCACCGCAGGAUGACUCCGAUGACGAUUCAAGGUAUUUUUUGUAUUGACUCUUGUUGACCAUAAGCAGAAAAUUGUUCGUUGGUGGCUUGAGUUGGGAGACCAAUGAAGGUGUUGCUUCGUUUUGCAUUAUUUACUCCAUUAGACGAUCUCAAAGCCUAUUUUUCUCAGUGGGGAAAUGUUACUCGCUGCAUAAUUAAAGUGGACAGGUUUACUGGGAAUUCACGAGGUUUUGGCUUUGUGACAUUUGAGAAUGAGGAGUCUGUGAAUAAAGUUUGCCUGCCUUUUCUUUGCUAAUGGCACCGAAGGUCCUUAGUGUCCCGGAGCAUAAGCUGAAGAACAAAAGAAUUGAUCCAAAGAGGGCUAAACCAUCCAGAGAGGUUAUUAAAAAGAUCUUUGUCGGAGGCAUAGAUCCUGACCUCUCCAAAGAUGAUAUAAUGGAGUAUUUCGGGCAAUUCGGCCAGGUGAGCUGUCCUUUUCAUUUGAUCUUUCGAAGGUGGAGUCACUCGAUCUCCCAUACGAUGCCCAGCGUGGAAAGCGGAAACAUUACAUCUUUGUUAGCUUUGCCACGGAGGCUGCGGCUAAAAAGGCUAUUGCCAAGGACCGCCAGGAAAUCUAUGGUCGUCAGGUAUCUCAGUUGUCCUUCGUCUGCAGUUUCUCUUAAUGUGCUUCUUCAGUCAUGCUACUUAGGUUUUAUCGCUUUUAACAAUGCUUUGGUAUGUAGUCCGUACUUUGAAGCUUUAUGCAAGAAUGUAGUGUAUGGUGGACAAAGUGCUAACCCCACUUCUAGCUUUUGCCUCUGCUAACACGAGUUCGAUGUACAACAAGACGCAGGAUCAAAUGCCACAAAAGUUUGCUAUAGAACGCAUUCGUUAGGUCAUUUUAUUAUCUUAGCUCAAGAAAGUCCACCUUUCGCAAUUUUGUUUGUUCGCGUUCCUGUAAAACGCGUAAGGCUUUAAUUCCUACUUAUUCCAGGCAAAAUCAUGUCAGUUGCUUCUUCCGUCCGCCUUUAUACUUGAAUUUUAUUUUGCCACGGUGGCUCGAAAUCUCGUUUCUAUGUCCUCGGACGAGUGAGUAGUCGUGAGUCUUCCCGGAUUAUUGUUGAUGACUGACCGGCCGUCACAGAAUCACUUUUUAGCGGUAGUACGCUACCGGCAGCCAGCGUAGACCAGGGAAGACGAGCAGUGUUCUUCGACCACCCCACCUACUGAGGCAUUUUCGAUGGCUCGGUUUCCUUCGAUGUCGCCCGAAAUUUUUGAGGGUAAAAUGACGCGGAAGACCCAACACUUGAUAGCAUUUGUAAGUCUACCGCGAUUAUGCGCUGACGUCACGUUUCAGUUAGUGCAAAACCGAUUUAAUUCCGAGGCUAAUUUACUAAUUAAAGUCUCGUGUCAAACUAGGUGUGGUGUGGUUUAUUUUUUGCUAUUCGAUGGAUACCUACCAGCGUGAGUGCGCGCGUUAAUGUCCAUUCUUGAAGUUCGCCGGCUUGUAUGUCUAUGUGUUUAUGCUGUGUGUAUGCCUGUGUGCGUUCAUUCGCCAGUGUCCAUGAUUUGUUUGCUCCUUUUCUGCCCCUCUAAUGAUGGGUCUCUCCAUCCGGGUAGCUGGUCGUCUCGUCAAGGUGGUGGUGGUGGUUAUCAGCUUUUCUGACGCGCGUUCCCGAAGGAGAGAGCAAUUGCCCGCAUCUCACGGACCAGAACUGGUGUCGCAGUGUGUUGUUCUGCCACACCAGUGAUGAGGAAAAAAGGAUCAGUUGAGAAUAUUCCCCUUUUGUGCGCGUUCAGCAGCAGCUGCCCGUUGCACGUACGCGCGCGCGCACGCACACAAUUCUGACCCUUUUGUGAGUCUUGUUUUUUCCUAGAGAGCUCGGUUCUGGGUAAUAACGUAACAUUCAACAACUUUCGUAAUUGGACUGUUUCGUAAAUACCUUUCGUAACUGGACUCUUUCGUAAACAACAAAAUACGUUUCGAACUGUUUUUUUUUCAGUAAUGGAGUUUCGUAAUGAAGCAGUUUACCGUAUUUUUGUCCAACUUUUGAUUUUUCUUGAUAAUUUUAAUUAAUCAAUUUGCCUUUCUGCUUAGUGUGACGUACGUGUCGCUGUGACUCGGGAACAGGCAAAUAAAAACAAGGGUAAGCAUUGCUCGUCUUUUAUCAUGGUUCCAAGGGCAAACACUACAGCUUCAUGUCAUGUUUCUUAGGCUUUACGACAGUUUCUCAUGCUGCAUGUAAAGUUUCAUGUGGUGUUUGGUCCUUUGUUUCUGUGUCCUGUGCAUUCAGAUAGACUUCUUCCAUUGAUGAAAUGUUUACAUAAAUAUUCAGAGUUUAGGAUAAGCCAGACAGUCGUUGAGAUACCGUGCUAGUGUUGGGAGUGCCUACACUCCCAAAAACAAGAACCAGCCAAUCACGGGAGGCCACGUGCGUUUUCUCUACUGCGCUGCCAUCUUAAUCGUGGCUCCUCUCCGUUGGCUUUUCCUCUCGGGCUUGAUCGAUCUGUAUAUUCGAAUUAUCGACCGGCUCGUCUGGAAUGUUCUUCCCGAAGGACAUUGGGGCGAAUGCGGGCGAAGCACAGUAGAGCGUUAUAAAUAUGCGUUACAUCCAGUUAAUUUUGACUUGCGAUUUCCUAAUACACACUUUCGUGGCCGGUCGCGUUCUCCUCUGCCGCGUUGGUUUUGGGGACAAGGAUCGAGUGCGUAUACGCUCCACGAGAUUUCAAGCUGCGGACUGGGAAGUCUGCUGCAUCGUGGGCUGCCAAGGGACUGCCAGUCUCUCAGAGAUGAUGGUGAUAUCUGAGGCAGUGUCCAACUGUAGGCGAACUGCAUGGCCAUUGAGCAAAACGUCAACAAAUUUUCUACGACCAGACGCAUUGAGCUGAAAGGCAGCCAAGAGACUGAGAGAAUUACCAACGGACUGGUGUUGGGACUUGCGUUUUGGCCGGAAACGGCGCCUGGAAUUAGAAGUGGCGGGGGCUGACUUACUUCCAGAAGGUGGUUUCGAUUUGCAGAACCCAUCACGGUGUCCCACCUGAUUACAGCUUUGGCAGCGAUGCUGGCGGAAAGUGCAAUCUUGGUGGAAAUGCCACGUACCACAGUGCCGACAAGGGGAUGGCGGAGAUCCCGCCUUGGACACUUGUUUGGGCCGCGAUUUGGUUGAUGUGACGAAUGGACUGAGAAAGAUGAGGCAGGGUUGUGAAUCAUUGCAGUCAUGCUUGAGGUUGAUCAGCGUGUGGCACUAUGCUGCCAGCUCUUGGAGUGUGAUUGAGUUGUUCUGAUGCACUUUGGACAGGAGACGUGUCCGGAUAUCAGCAUCCUUGGGGGACUGGAGGCCGCAGAUAAAUAUAAGGCAUUUAAACUGGUCUUCAGUGAGAGAGCCGAGUUGGAAACGCCCACACUCACGAUUAACAAUGCCCGCAUAAGUGAUGAAGUCAUCGGAAUCUCGUUUGCACAGUUGCAGGCACUGAAAUCGAGAGUUGAAAAGGGAUGAUUGUUCACCAAAAAUCUGCGACAACGUCUGAACCGUGUCCUUGGAAGUGACUUCUCGGGGGUUCUUGGGGAGGAUGAAGUUGGUAUAACGCUCGUAUUCAGCCGGACCCAGUUUGCGAAGUAGAAGUCGAAUCUUCCAUGCAUCGUCCUGGGCAGCCAGAUCGACAGAGAACAAGUCCUCGUAUCGUUUGUACCAGGAAUCGAAAGUGAUAUGGCCUGCGGGUCAUACAAGAAUGUGCAGUAUGGCGCGGUUCCCGAACUUCAUUGCCACAGAAGAAGCAGAGCGACCGCCUCCCGCAUGUAGUCGACAACAAGUGUCUCUGUCGGUUAUUUUUACCAACCACAAGCGUUUCGCCAUUAGUGUAUGUCUCAUACAAGUUUGGAGAAAAUUAUGAUUUCCCACCACUGCAGUGGAAAUGGCCACCGCGAUGUCGCGCAACAAUCUUCAUCAGAGUAACCUUAAUACUAUCGGCGAGGCAAUUGCUUGGGUUCAAAUUCGUAGAUGUGUUUAGAAUGUUAGUUUAGCGUCGAACUGUAAGAACUGUCUAUGUUUUUUGGCUAUUGUUAUGCAAUUGUUCGUUUGCAUCUAGGCAUGAAGUAUUGCUGCGGGUGGAUUGACCCAUCUUACGCGUAUUCCAACUACGCUUACGGAGACUACGCAAACGCAUAUCAGGGUUUCGACCCCUACACCUAUGGAUAUUAUGGAUACGAUUGUUUCGGUGCUGCCCCUCCCUCCACUGCCAGUGGAUAUGGUAAGAUGUUGCAAUUGUAGCCUUCUCGAAGUCUAGACUGACUUUUCUUGUUUAAAUUACUUUCAACCGGCAAUUUCCUAGCGUAUUUUAUUUAAAAAUGAAAGUAGGCUAACUUUGCCUCAACGUGUGGUUGCAGUUUUUGGUUCUUGAAUAUUGUGCAGCCCACGUUCUUGAAGUCGUCAGUCCUCGAGACAGCGGCAAGAAUUCUUGGAUGGACGCAGUAGUGCGGCAAUGACUGCGGUUGUCUGUCCAGACAGUGCGAGCUAGGUUCUAAAACAAAAGUUAUUUUCGUGUUUUGCGGGGAAUAUUGGCUAAUUAGUCAACCGCGAACACAACUGUAGGCCCCCUGCAACGAUUUGCUCUAUUCGCGAUGUGAACGGCGGUCUUGCUGUUGACAAGUUGGCUAACGCCGAGCGUCGGUGCAAGCACUCAAGUGUCCCAGCGGGUCCUCAUCCUCCAGCCUAUGCAGCCCGUUUUCACCCAUCCACUGGAGCCGCCAAUCCAAUAGUUAGUGUAGGUACAGCCAGGAAACACUUAUCGACCCAGUACUGAGGCUGCGCAACAACGGGCAGCCGACGAGUCUCGUGUGUACUAUAACGUCCUGAUUCUAUUACGCGAUUUGGCAAGCGCCAAAAGUAAGAUCAUUCCUAAUGAUUAGGUUUUGGCCGUGAGCGCGGGAAAUGCUGCGGUAUAUUGUCACUGACACCGCUGUAAAUCUGCUUGUCGUUGUCAUUCCCAGGCGGUUUCAAAGUCUACGGGGUUGGAGGUUGGAACCAUCUUAAUUUCUGGCUGGACGUAAAUACAUUAAAUAUUCACACUGCGAGGCAUUUUCGGGCUGCGGCAUGUCUAAGUCUGCGAAUUUGCCGCCGGUUCUGGUUCUGUUCAUCAGACCCCGUGACUGAUGGGGGUAAAAAUGUCAGCAAGUCGUCGCUGUGGUCGAGGUCUGCUGUCGUCCAACCACCAUUUGAGUUCUGGUUUAUAAUAAUGCCUCCCAACCAUUCGGUCUGGUCUUCAAUAAUGUUACGCCGUUAACUGGAUUCUAAAAAGGGUUCCCGGCCGUCGGCGGACUGAAGUUGACGAUUUCGCGCUGCUGGCGUUAAGAUGUAAUCGCUACUGACGUCGCCAAUUCAUUUGGCUUAUCCAGCAAAACCGGAGAACUAAUCCUUCCCUGGUGCAUUUCUGGCCAGAAGAGGGCACUCCUCGAGAUUAAUAGAUAUCAUCAAAGUUACUCCCAAACGGACAGUAUGAAGGGCAUCGCUUUACGAACUGAUGCCGUUAGCAAGUUUUUCUCAAAAAUGUCUGUAUAGCCCACGUGACAUCUUCGCGUCAAAGAUCAACCGUCUUGUACACUUAGGUCGUUGGCUGUGCGCAUAAAAGAAUAGCGAAGACUACGAAUAAAGUCUACGGACCUUCGACAUUCUGCCCCCGUCGAUCAGGAAGAGAAUAGGUCAAGCUUCCCAAAUCCCCUGCCGGAAGUGAUAGCGCUUUGAGGGGCACAAUCCGUGACAUUGAAGCCAGCUAAGUCGGGGAUGGUUACAAACGGGCCAAGUGUAGGUGCAAUGUUACGUUAUUAUGUUCGGUUUUUGAAUACUUGCCGGACUACACGAGCCCUAGACUCUGGGACCAGAAAUGGGCUCGAGGUCCGCUUUCAUGCCCAUCCAUGCCUUCGAUCGCCGGCCUUGGCGUCGUUAAGCGGAGAAGGAUCCGAACCCUCAAUUUAGGGCGACAGAUAACUGAACCAAUUGGACACGCGAUAACAGGGUAUAUUCGGCUGGUUGUGCCACUGAGUUGGGAUGCACGUUCGAAAAGACUGACCUGGGAGGUUUAGGGCAAACCACCGAUCGUACAUUUAAAGGGAGAGUAUAUGCCCUGACCAUCCUUCACAUCUGUAGUCACCUGACCAACCCUACCCCCAUUUCACACGCAAUGGAGUUGAGAGUUGCACCCCGAGUCCACCAACUGAUUAGCUUAGUUCUUCAUCUGUCCGACCGUAUGUAGCAGAAGCUUCCCUCCGGCCCAGAGGUUUUACUGUUACGACCUGUCAACGCGAGAUUGUACGCAUUUUUGUUUUCGUAAAGUUAGUUUUUAGCCUUGCUUCGUUAUAAAAAUACACCACGCCGCGUGUUUGUAAAGAAGUCACAUUUUUGUUCAGUCCUGCAAUAUGACCAGGUCGGUUGGUAUUUCUCCCACGUAAUCUGACAGGCAAGCUGUGACACUCAUGGGGGCUUGCCGUCACGUAGUCAGGAUUUGCGCUGGUCGCUUUGGAGACUGUUAGCGACCCUUUAAGCUUUUCUAGUCGUCUACCAGCAAUCAAAACGGGGGCGGGACCAUGCAGCUUACAAAAUUGCCUUCUUUUAAGUGUAUACUGACAUACGUGUUUUAAGUGCACGUCUGACAAGAAUUCCGACUGUCAAGAUUGGAAGUCGUGACGGCAUCAAGCGCGAUGCUAGCUCAAUGUAAUUGCGUAUAGAUUGUAGCAUAGGUCUCUUUCCUUUGUGUUGACGUCUGCUUUCCAACCUCUGCCGACCUAAGAAGAUAGCUUGACAUGGCAGAUGCCUUUCAAAAAUGCAUAGUCCACAGCGUGUCCUGCUUAAGGCAAGAGCUGCUUAAUUACACGAGUCUGGCUGCUGUUUUCGCUGAUAAAAUUGCUCCUAGGUAAAAUUGCCAGUCAACUGCAGUGCUUAUUAACCGCCAUAAAUGGAUCACUAAGACAUUGUCAAACAGAUGGAAGAAGUCUGCCGACGCGUGGAGACCUAUUGAUCAGGCGCAAGUGCUUAACGUAAAAUUCACGUUUCAGAAUCGAAGAUUUGACUAGGUUUUCUGGGCCUCUUUCAUCGUAACAUACAUGCUCGUAAGAGAGAGAAUUUGAUUAUUUAUGCCUGAUAAGUCUUUCGUCUCGUUGGCUAAUAUCGGACCGGGAGUGCGUGGCUGUGCCUGUUCGCGAAACAAGAUGUCAUGCUUAUACUGCCGCAUCGGGAAUCACGUUAAGAGACUCGGAUUUAUCUUGCAAGGCGCUAUCUGAUGCAUAUGGAUGCAUAUGCUUGGGGAAGAGGGAAAUCGGAUAUUUUUGACGAAAGUCGCUUAUUGUUUCGGACGUGUUACAUUUCUCCUCAGGAGCCUUUGCUUUCUGGCCUGACCGCUUUGAUUAAUUAAGUCAGGAGUUCUCCUGUACAUUGUUACCGUUGUAUCGUAAUUUGAGGUGGUCCUAACUCGCUUCUUAGGGGAUCCUGCACUAACGAGUUUCAAUCGUAACUCCACUUAGUAAGUUGCAGCUGACUGUGCCUAAUUUUUGUUGCAUGAUUCGCCUGUUGCUUGUUACUGCGUAGGCGGUCUGUUUUCAAGUCAUAUUUUUUUUUCUGCAGGUGCCGCCUACGCUGGCUACGGCGCCAACCAGUUUCGCAGCCAAAUGGCCACCGCCAAAUCCACUCAAUUAAACCACGGAGUUUAUUCGUCCGGUCGAAGUAUAUCCCAGUCUAAUCCCUCCGCCCAGCAGGGUUUGCCCAUGCCUGCGGGUGACCAGGGCUUUGCCGGUCUUGCUUCAGUAAAUGUACCCGACUUCUCGGGCGGUACUGUCCAACCCCAGCCUACGAUGCAUCAAUAA